AUUAUUCUGGUCUUGAACGAUCAAUUAAUUUCAUCAAAAAUAAAUAAUUUAACUGUCAUGUCAUGUUAAGGUGUAAAUUUAAAAAGCUGGACUUCCAUUGAACAUGUGACUUUUAAAGGAAUGGUAAACAGAAACCAUAUGAUUAGAGUGGAAUCUAAAAGCUAACAAAUUUUUGUCUUAUAAAAAGAUUUAAUAAAUAAUUAUUUUAGUCUAAAUUUUUUAAGUGCUAAUAUUUUAAUUACGUUUUUCAAAUAUUCCAGUCUUAUCUACAAAUGCCAUCCCUAAAAUGAUAUCUAUUGAGCUGAAAAUAAUUAGGUGACACAGGUUUAUUUGGUUGUGUGUUUCUUCAACCGAUGUCCAACCAUUACUGUGAUAAGUGAUUACAUUUCUAAUAAUUAAGGCGAGAUGUCUACCAAUAAAUCUCAUCAACUUUGGUCUGACACUGGCAAAGCUGAUGAUUUUUGGGAAUAUUCAAAGCCGAUGUCCUUUAAUUUUGAAGAUGACGCGGACAUCGAUUCUUUGUAUGACCAGAAAGUCAGCACUGUAACCUCAGUGAAACCAACGGAGAUACUCUCCAAACCACAAGCUCCAGAUACUGUUAAGUUGAUGAGUCCAGAGGAAGCAACUCUCAGAGUUAAUCAAUCUCUACAGAAAAUUUCAAACAAAAGUUAUUCAACUCCUACUUCUUCUAAUAAAAUAGAAGCAUGCAUCCGGGCACUGAUCAAUGGAGAGAAUCCCAAUUUUUCUAUAUUUAAAUCAAAAGAGGACAAAUUAUCUCUCCUUGAAGCUGCAAUCAAUUCAUACGAUGGUGAUACUAUCAUUGCUGUGAUAAUUUUUCUCGAGAAAACUCUUUGUUGGCGUAUAUUUGCUAUGGAACUUUUAAUUCGUCCAACUGCUGUUGACCAUUACAUUGAUUUUCUUCGUGAAACAAAUCGCACUAAAGAUUUAACCGAUUUUCUUGCUAUGAUAGGAAGAUCAGAGGAAGCAGCUAUUGUUAACUAUGCCAACGCAAUUAAAUGUGAACACAUGGAGACUCGUAUUAAACAUCUUAAACAUUGUUAUAAUAAUUUUUUCAAGGAUCUUCAAGAUGAACUUUAUUCUCCUGCAAUAAUGGAACAAAUUACUUUAUAUGAAUAUCAGUUACCUGUUGAUGCUGCCGACUCCAAAAUAAUGGAGCCAUCUGAACGUUAUCAAGUAAUGCCAUGUUCAUCUUUCUUGGGCUCUUCGGUUAUAACAACCCUCUUCUACUCGAUUGUUCAUCAUAGUAAUAAUCCAGCGACACAUUUUGGCAGCCCUCAAACCAUCCGGAAUAACCACAAUAUCUCAGAUAAGCAAUAUUACUGGACAGCUUCGAGAGCUUUAGCUAAAACUGCGCGUUGGACUGAAAUUGAUAAUUUAUUUCAUUAUCAGACUUUUCUUGGUUCCAAAAAAAUUCGCAAUAUCAUUCCAUUCGAUCGCGUUGUCCGUAUUCUUGGUAACGAAAAGGCACCCCAACCAUUGAUGCAUACUUAUUUAAAACUAGUCGAUGAUGACGAUCUUAAAUUAAAAUUAACUCAAGAAUUCUUAAGGUGAUAAUUGGCAGCUUGCAAAUUAUGGUAACUUGCAAAUAGUAAAAUCACGGACCAAACGCUCACCAAAAGGAUCUUCUCGUAAAUUAGGUUGCAUCCGCACAUUUGAUCCUGAUUUUAUAAAAAUCUGAAUUCCAAAUUCCAAAUUUGAAUAAAUAUAAUAAAGGGUUUCAAGAAGGUGA